CGGCACUCCUUGUCACAUAACCCGAAUGCACAUCAGCUCAGCUGGCAGUCUGGACAGGAUCUCUGUGUAGACGGUGAAGAUGCCUUCCGCUGUGUUGCUGUGGGCUCUUUCUGCGGCCAUACUGGCGGGAAAUCUUUCCAGUGCUGCUUUGUUUGAGCGAACUGAGAGGAACUGCUCUCUGACUCCACCGUUUCUCCCCAGCACAGCAGUAAAUACCACUCUCCAGCUGCAGGAACUACGUGAGCAAAUGCUUUCCCUGAAUAUAUCUGCCUACAUCAUUCCUGGCACCGAUGCUCACCUGAGUGAAUACAUCUCCCCCCGUGAUGCCAGGAUGGCCUUUAUGACUGGUUUUACAGGCUCUGCAGGCACUGCUGUUGUCAGUAGAACCAAGGCGGCCCUGUGGACAGACAGCCGCUACUGGGUCCAAGCUGAGAGACAGAUGGACUGCAACUGGGAACUGGAAAAAGAUGUGUCCAUCAUCAGUGUGGCAGAGUGGCUUAUGGCAGAGGUACCAGCAGAAGGCAUCAUAGGCUUUGAUCCCUUCCUCUUCUCCCUCAAGACCCAGGAAGGCUAUGCCAUGAGUCUGGAGUCCAGCAAUCGUAUCCUCAAGUCCAUUCCUGAUAACCUGGUCGACCAAGUGUGGAAGGAUAGGCCGCCUGUCCCACCUGACAACCUCAUCCGUCUGCCUGAUAGAGUCAUACAGAGGACAUGGCAGGUGAAGGUGGAACAGAUACGGAGUCUAAUGACGAUGAAUCCAUACCAGCCCACAGCUCUUCUUCUCUCAGCUCUGGAUGAAACAGCCUGGCUCUUUAAUUUGCGUGGAAAUGACAUUCCUUACAACCCCUUCUUCUACUCCUACACACUUCUAACUUUAAAUGAAAUCUGGCUGUUUGUCCACACAGACAGAGUGACUGAGGACUUAAAGACUUACCUGAAUGCAUUUUGCAAAGAAUCCCUCUGUGUGCAGCUAAAAAGUUACAAUUCUGUUCGGAAAAAUCUAAUGACCUAUGUGGCUCAGCCUGGGGUUAAAGUUUGGAUCGGUACAGAAUACACAAACUACGCACUUUAUGAGAUUAUAACGCCCCAUGAGAAACUAAUGACAUCCUCCUAUUCUCCUGUGUUGACAACUAAAGCUGUGAAAGAUGAGACUGAGGAACGAAUACUGAGGGAAGCUCAUGUGAGGGAUGCAGUUGCUGUUAUCCAGUUGCUGAUGUGGCUGGAAAAGGCAGUCCCAAAGGGGAAUGUGACCGAGCUGAGCGCUGCAGAAUACGUCAAUAACUGUCGCAGCAAACAGAAGGACAACAAAGGCCCAAGCUUUGAAACAAUCUCUGCUAGUGGACCAAAUGCAGCUCUUGCACACUACAGCCCGUCAGAAGAAACCAACAGGAAGCUGACAGUUGAUGAGAUGUACUUGGUUGACUCGGGUGGCCAGUAUCUAGAUGGUACCACUGACAUCACCCGCACGGUUCACUGGGGGUCACCAACAGACAUGCAAAAGGAGGCUUUUACUCGAGUGCUCAUGGGGAACAUAGAAAUAUCACAUACUGUUUUUCCCUCAGGGACAAGUGGUGUGCGCAUAGAAAUGCUUGGCCGGCGGGCUCUGUGGGAGGUGGGCCUGAACUACGGCCAUGGCACCGGUCAUGGGGUGGGAAACUACUUUGGAGUUCAUGAAUGGCCAGUUGGAUUUCAGACCAACAACAUUCCUUUCAAAGCUGGCAUGUUUACAUCAAUUGAGCCUGGAUAUUACAAAGAGAAUGACUUUGGCAUACGGAUUGAAGAUAUCGCAGUGAUCAUACCUGUUCAGACAAAGUAUGGACAUAACUUCCUGACAUUUGACACCGUGUCCCUGGUUCCAUACGACAGAAAGCUUAUUGACACUUCGCUCCUCAGUUCAAAGCAGAUUCAGUGGCUGAAUAAUUACUAUGAGACAAUUCGUCAGCUGGUGGGUCCUGAGCUGGACAAGCAGGGGCUGCAUGAGGAGAAGGAUUGGAUGCUCAGAAACACAGAGCCUUUCACUGAAGCUGGAUCCUCUGCCUCCGUCUGUUCCUCCUCCUUAACACUCAUAGCUCUGGUCUUUGCUCUGCACAAUAUCAUCUGAGGAGCAUCCUCUAUUACCCAUCUCAACAGACUUGCACUGAAAAGUUAAGCCUAUGCAGCCUCUACUGAGCAGGUACACUGGGUCAACAGAUGCACAGAAAUUUAUAAUUUUUUAAUUUAUAAUUGUAAGAUGUAAUAAACAAUUUGAAAUGUGUGAGUAAAUA